CGUGGCUCAUAAGAUAUCCCGGCGUCCCUUCUUGCCAUGGACGGCCUGGUGCGGGAGCUCACAAAGCAGAACAUUGCGCUGCAGCUGGCGCUCGCAAAGGCGUCGUCGACCGCCGCGCCCGAGCCCGUCGUGCUCGGGCCCGCCUUUGCGUGGCUCCACCCUAUCAAGGCGCGGCUGAGCGCAGCGGAGAAGGCCAAGAAAGCGCUGCGACGCGUGCUCGCCAAGGCCGUGCGCCGGCGCCAACUUCGUGUUGCGAUGGCCUUUGGCCUCUGGGUCGCACGCAGUGUAAUGCAACCUCUUCUGUUUUCUCCGUCGCAGCAAUCGUUCGUCCCUCUACAGGCGCGCCGGCCAGAGUCCAAGAUACCAGUGCCACACAGCGCGCGCCGCAAGACAGCAGCACCGCAGCCGUCGACGACCGCCGCCGAGAAGACGCCAUCGGAGCUCGUCAUGACGCUCUCGAAACAGCUCGACACGCAGCGCGUGCCCGUGACGGCGCUCCGUCGGCAAAAAACGCGCCUCGAAGCCGACGCGACCGCGCAGACGUCGGCGAUCGCGUCCCUCGAGGCGUCGCAAGUGUCACUGCAGCGGCAAAUGGCACGGCUUAUCAAGGAGGUCCAAAGCCUCCGUCGACCAGCGGUAUCGCGACGGGACCCGCCGGCCUUGCCGCCCUUGAGCAGCGCCGCGCAGCAGGACGAGCUCAUGGAGCCAUUGGACUUGGACGGACGCAGCGUCCAGCAGUAG